AAAUAUUAUUGAUCCUAAGGAUUUUAAUGAUAUUGAAUCAGGUGCUUUAUAUGGAUGUAAAAGCAGUAUAUGGUCAUGCUUACAUGAUUUCGGCAUAGAAGAAGCAAUUGACACUGCUAAAAGAGCAAUAAAAAUGAAUCAAGAUUGUGCGCUAUGGCAUUUUAUUCUGGGAAAAAAUCUUAGACGUAAGAGACGUGCAACAAACGUAUCCAGUGAUGUAUCAGAUUCAGAAAAAAAUCAUUUUGAGAUAGCACACGCUAUAUCUAAAAAUCAAAUGUUUGAAGUAUAUUACUUACAAAUGUGUAUGGAAAGUUUCAAAAAAUUUAUUAGAUCAAGAGAUUAUGUGAUAAAAAAAAAUGCUAAUGAAAGAGAAGUUAUAAGUAAAGCCAAAAAGAUGUUAAAUACAAAUCCUACUGAUCAUAAAGUGCUAUUAAAAUUAGCUCUUAUAUUUCUGCGUACAAGAAUUUCAGAUGAAAGAUAUUCAGCAAAAAAGUGUCUUGAUGCUGUAAAUAAAAUAGUGCCAAAUAAUACCACAUAUCUACAUUAUACUGCAAUGUUAUAUGAACAAAGUGGGGAUUAUAAAGAAGCAAUCAAAUAUUUCAAAAAAGCCGCUGAAUGCAAUAACUUAGUAGCAGAAUUGUCUUAUAUACAAUAUGGUUGGGAAACAGGACAGCUGGAACCACUACCUCAUUUAUUACGAAUGUUGAAAAAAUAUGAUCAGUCAAUUAAAUCACGACAAAUAGCUAUGCUUUUAGCGAUUGCAAUAACAUACUAUUCUCUUCAUGAAGACAUACCAAAUGCGGCAGAAUAUUUUUUAAAAGCUCUUGAAAUAGAUCCGGUGCACAAAAAAUUUCAGGUAUAUUACAAAUUUCUAGACUUCAAUACUUUGAAUAUAUCAUCUUUUUUGAAUAAUAAUUUUUGUCCUUUACUCGAAAAAAAAUAUCCGGCUCAUACAGAAACUUGUAAAAAAAUUAAAAAUCUCUUAAAUGUAAAGGACAUAACUGAUUUAGUAGAAGAAAUGUGUGGAUUAUCUGUAGAAAAAAAAAAGUUCUAACUUAAAUAUUAGAACUAACUAAUCGACAAGAAUUAACUAAUAACUAGAAUUAUUGUGAUAGUUUAUAAUUUCCUAGUAACAUUAUGCAUUUAAAAACAAUAAUUGAAUCAAUAUCAUACUUUAAUGGAUUUUUAAAAAAUAAACGGUUUAUAGUUACUAUAAACUUCUUAGUAAGUGAGAAAAUAUUUUCUCGAAAAUGUUUAAAAAAAUAUUUUAAAAUUUCGAAGAUAUCUUUUAGAAGAAUAUCAUUAAGUAAUGUUUAAUUUGCUAUUCUAAAAAAA